AUGGGUUUCUUGGAAACCGUAAUCCUGUCCGCGCUGCAUGCCUCGCUGCUGUGCCCUGUAUGUUCGAGCGCUACGAUUGCACUGCUCGACCACGAGGAGGAAAAGCGGCGCCAGCGGUGGGCAGACUUCGUCUUCGUUCCUGCAAACUUGGAUGCCGGCUCAGCGUCUCCUCCGCAGAGUUUGGAAGCUUGUCGUGGACUCGAUCUUCAAUCCGAGCUUGGGCCCGCAGCAUGGCUUCGAAACGUGAACUGGGAAGUGGUGCUUCGAAACGUGAACUGGGAAGUGGUGCGUUUGGUGCAUGUCACACUGCACGAGGAGGACAAAUCGUACGCCGCUCAAGCUACGAAGAGCCAGCUGCUAAAGCAUCGCAGCCAGCUGUUGCAUGGCUGCUGUGCUGCUACGAGCACUGCUCGACCACGAGGAGGAAAAGCGGCGCCAGCGGUGGGCAGACUUCGUCUUCGUUCCUGCAAACUUGGAUCAGCGUCUCCUCCGCAGAGUUUGGAAGCUUGUCGUGGACUCGAUCUUCAAUCCGAGCUUGGGCCCGCAGCAAUGGCUUCGAAACGUGAACUGGGAAGUGGUGCGUUUGGUGAUGUCACACUGCACGAGGAGGACGGGAAAUCGUACGCCCUCAAGACGAUUUCCCACCAGCUGCUAAAGCACCGCCAGCUUGAGGCCGCUGCACAGGUGGAGCGCGAAGCCCUCGAAAUAUGCCAAGGACAUCCGUGCAUUGUCCGGUUCUACGGACAUGUGGAGUCUGUGGCAAACACAGUUCUUGUGAUGGAAGUGUUGCAAGACCUCGUGGGUGUGUAUACUUCUGCCAGCCUUUGGGGCAACCCGGCGGUGGUUCGCGAACACGUGGCGUGUGUGGCGGAGGCGCUCUCCUACAUGCACUCCAAGCAGAUCAUGCAUAGAGAUGUGAAGCCCAAGAACAUGUUGUUGGACGCCCGUGGCUGCUGCAAGCUGUGUGAUUUUGGAUCCGCGAAGCUUUGCAGUGGCCGUGCUUAUAGUUUUGUGGGCACAGCGGAGUACAUGGCCCCCGAGAUGGUAAGGAAGACCGGCCACACUGCUGCUGUGGACUGGUGGGGUUUGGGCUGCGUCCUGUUCGAGCUGCUGUCCGGCCAAGGACUUUUUUCUGGAAGGCGAGACGAGGUGUUUAGUUCCAUCGACCGGGGAGUUAGCGAGACGGCCUUUGCAGACUUGGCCUUUGAGAGUGCUUCCGAGCUUGUCCAAGGCCUUUGUGCCCAAAUGCCGCACUUACGUCUACCGAUGAUGAACGGUGGCAUCGACAACAUCAAGACACAAUCAUGGUAUGCAGACUUCCUGUGGCCGAACUUUGUGGUUGAGAAAGUGCAGCUCGGAAUGCUUAUAUGCCUGCACCAGACAGCACUGCCAACGCUCUUGGUGACCUCUCGUGAGAGCCGCAUCCCGCCGCAAGCAUCAAGCUCAAGCUCGCAAGCUUCAUGCAACGCCAGUGCAUCCAGUGCCGGUAGUGCCGGCAGGACAAAGGCGCAGGCCAAGUUCUUGGAGCGUGUGCUCAAGAAAGCUUGA